UCUUUUUGGUAUCCUUUUUAUUAAUAUUCAAAAUAGCUACUAGCUUAGCAAAAUCUCUUCCCCCUUGACUCGUCUUUAUUGGGUCGACUUGUCUUUGGAUGAGAGAGAGAGAGAGAGAGAGAAGGCGCUGCGGUUUUGCCUUGGUUGUAAUAGGUGAAUUUAAUUUAAACACACACAGACACACAGAGAUAUUGAUCAAAGAUUUGAUGAUACAGAAUAUUAAUAAAGGUGGAGAUAAUAUGGGUAAUAAGAAGAAGCCACAGAAAACGAAGGAGCUUUCAGCAGCCAUAGCAGAAGCUUCAUCAACGGCUGAUAAUAUUAGUGAAACGGCGCAUACUACUCAAUCUCAGCCACAGUUUCAUACGCCUAGAAAGAGAGGUAGGCCUCGCAAGAUCGUCAUCGAGAAAAGCACUGAAACGACGACGGAAAUAGAACAACCUGCAUCAUCCAAAUCAGAUCAAGAAGCUGUUGGAAAUAUAUCCAAGAAAAUUAAAGGAGAAGAAGAAGAAGAAGAUGAUGAUAAUCAUCAAAGGCAAACGCAGAAGAUAAAGGAAGAAGGAUCUUCAGUAGUGCUACAGGCCAUGGAAGGUGAUAAGAAAGAAGAAGGGCAAUCGAAUAAGGAGCUUCCGAGGAGGAGAGGUAGGAGAAAAAGCAUACCCAUAAAGAGUAGUAGUUGA